GUCAGCUACUCUCAUCUCUACCAAGUCAUCCACCCAGCAAAACCCCCUCGUCCCGCUCGUCACGCAGCCUUGGCCGCCGACACUUCCAUCACUUGAUCCUCCCUCAUUCACUCUCGAUACACCCUCAACCUUACACUCGCGCCCCAAAACAUGUCAGCUACAAAAAAUCAGGCCGUAGUGGCCCAAGUCCACGACACAUCAGACAAGUUCCUCAACACAAACUCCCCAGAAUGGGCGGCCAUGUCGGAGGAAAACCGUAAGCUUGCAGCACUCGGCUACAAGCCAGUCUUCAAGCGAGAAUUUUCCGCCCUUUCGACUUUUUCCUUUGCCUUCUCCAUCUCCGGCUUGUUUGCUACCAUCACGACCACGUAUUCCUAUGGCCUGUAUGCCGGCGGUGCACCCUCUGCAGUUUGGUGUUGGCUUGUUGCCGGCGCUGGCUGCAUGUGCAUUGCCCUCUCUGUCGCCGAGCUCGUUUCUGCUUACCCUACUUCCGGUGGUCUCUACUUUACCAUGAAGUACCUUGUACCCAAGAACCAAGUGCCCAUCGCCUCUUGGAUGUGCGGUUGGCUCAACUUGCUCGGUCAGGUGGCCGGUGUUGCAUCGACUGACUAUGGAUGUGCACAACUUUUGCUCGCUGCGGUGUCCAUGGGCAGUGACUUUAGCUAUACGCCCACACCUGACCACACUGUUGCGGUGAUGGUUGGUAUUGUCGCAUUCCACGGUGCAGUCAAUACCCUCUCCACCCGCUGGCUCGAUCGCAUCACCAAGUUCUAUGCCAUCUUCCAUCUCGCCGUCUUGUUUUCUUGCUCAGUGGCGCUUUUGGUGUUGCAAAAGAAUAAAACAUCAGCUCGCGCAGUCUUUGUCGACAUUGUGCCAGCAUCUGGCUGGAACAACAAGGGAUGGUCAUUCCUUUUCGGCUUCCUCUCCGUCGCCUGGUGCAUGACCGACUACGACGCUACUGCUCACAUUGCCGAGGAGAUUGAGAAUGCUGCUAUUCGUGCACCUCAGGCUAUUGCGUCUGCGCUCGGUCUUACGUAUGGUUUGGGUUUCCUUUUCAACAUUGUCCUUGCAUUCACCAUGGGCGAUGUCACGGAGAUUCUUGCAUCACCGAUCGCUCAGCCCGUUGCUCAGAUCUUCUACAAUGUCAUGGGCAAGUCUGGUGGUAUUACGUUUACAGUGUUUGCCUUCAUCAUCCUCAACUUUACGGGUAUCACCGCCUUACAGGCCAAUGCACGUACCAUCUGGGCUUUGUCUCGUGAUGAGAUGCUCCCAGGUUCCAGGUUUUGGUACAAGAUUUCCUCCGUUACCGGUACACCCAUCAUUGCCGUCUGGCUCAAUGUCGCCUUUUGCUGUUGCAUCAACCUCAUUGGUUUGGGAUCCUACACUGCCAUCGCUGCCAUCUUCAACGUCACAGCCAUCGCACUCGACAUGUCUUACUGCAUCCCGAUUGUCUCCAAGCUGCUGUACACCAAGAAGCUCAAUGCUCAGGGUCAAGGCUAUAGGCCUGGUCCUUGGAACCUCGGUAAAUGGUCUCCGUAUGUCAACGCAUACGGUGUGGCUUGGGUCUUUGGUGUCACGACCAUCUUCUUGUUCCCAGUCAGUAUGCCAGUUACGCCGGAGAAUAUGAAUUACGCUGUCGUCUUGUUGGUUGGUAUUGCCUUGUUUGCCGCUAUUUACUGGUUGUUGGGCGCCAAGAACUACUACACUGGUCCUCGUACGAGUGAAGAAAGUGACAUGCAUGCCUAUGCUGCUCAGAUCGAGGCUGAGGAGUCUACCAAGAAGCCAUAGAUUGGACGGCUAACUUUCUCAGGUUGGGUGUGUAUCCUUUGCUAUAAUUUGGUUCAGAUCAGAAACAGUAGUGUAUUGGUUGAAUACUAUAUCGCGUGCCGGUCGCUCAUCUGUGAUUUCCUGAUCUGUGCAAUUGGCGGAGUCUGACGUAGA